AUGGUGACAGCAGCUGCUACAGCGCAUAAGAUGCGUGAUUACAAGAAUUACUGUGACAAGAAAAGGGCUGCAAACAGUGAUUGCGCAAUCUACUUGGGUAAGAUGGGGACGACACAUUGGACGAGGACCUACUUCAAAGGCGAGAGGUAUAACAUAAUGACAAGUAACAUAGUUGAGCAGCUAAACAAUGCCUUGGUGGAAGGGAGAUCAUCCCCAAUUGUUGAGUUGGUGAUGUUUAUACAAGGGAUGAUGACAAGGUGGUUUAGUGCUCGUAGGAAGAAGUCUGAAAGGCACAGGGGGUUGAUGACUGUCGAAGUAGAUAAGGUGAUGAUCAAGAGCAUGGCGCUGGCUAGUGGCAGCAAAAUAAACUCGGUUUCGAGUGGGAGCAGUCAAAUAGUAGGUAAGUUUGGUGGUUAUGACAGUGUUGUCCUCAAUCAGAAAAAGUGUUCCUGCAAGUACCUUGAUAACAUGAAAAUACCAUGUGGUCAUGCCAUGCUCGCUGCUAACAACCUUGCGGUACCUUAUAAUACACUGGUUGGUCACUGGUACAAGACCGCAGCUUGGAGGGAAACGUAUGCAGGGGUGAUCAGUCCAAUUGGUGAUCCAAGGGAUGAAGAUAUUCCGGAAGUUGUGAGAAAGAAGGUUUUAAUGCCGCCGGUGACAAAGAGGCCAGCAGGACGGCGCAAGACAAAACGCUUCCUAUCAACGGGAGAGAUUCCUGGACCUAAUAUGAAGUCCGUACCAAACAGGUGUGGAAGAUGCAGAGGUAUAUGGCAUAACAGGACCAACUGUACUCGCCCAAUAUGA